AUGGCAUACUCAGCCUCGUAUGGAGCAGACCUGGUCACAAUAACCAGCCAAUCAGAACAGGAUUUUCUGGCUUCUGAAAUUAAUGAACAGCACUGGAUUGGUCUCAAUGAUCUGGAAACUGAGGGACACUGGGUUUGGGUGAAUAACCAAACUCUAAUUGAAACUGGACUACAGUUGUGGCACAAGAGACCAUCUGGGCAAAGUGAACCUGUUAACUGGAGAGUAACGGACCCCUCUGGAGAAAACUGUGCUGUUAAGCUCUAA